AUGGUCAAAAUUGCCAUUGCCGGAGCCAACAGCCAACUUGCAAGAGAGGUGAUUAAUCACCUUGCCACCACUGGUAAACACGAGAUUAUAGCCCUCUUUAGAAAAGAUCCCGAGUCGGUACCCUCGCUUACGGGCGUGGAAUGGGUCAAAACCUUGUUCGAAGACAAGUCGGAGCUGGUCGGCUUGUUGGCUGGUGUCCAUACCCUUUUGUGCUUCUUCCCGGCUCAUUUGGACAAGAACAGCGAAGCGCAGAAGCGGCUCAUUGAUACCGCAGUCGAGGCGGGCGUCAAGCGCUAUGCACCCUCCGAGUGGUCAGCGGGAAUGAACUUGGCUCCGUCGCUCGACGUCAUACCCUGGUAUUCUGGAAAGAUAGAGAUUCGAGAGUAUCUGAAACAAAUCAACGAAAAGACCAAGGUCCUGGAAUACUGCCUUUUCCAACCGGGCUGGUUUCUGGAUUAUCUCAGCCACCCACACAAGACAUCAGAGCAUGCCUCUACCUUUCCAACUCUGGUCAACUUUGAGAAAGGCACCGCUAUUACAACCCAAUGGACUCACGAUAACCCCAUGGCAUAUACUGCUGUCGAAGACAUAGCCAGGGUUGUUGUCCGGGCCGUUGACCUGGAGGGCGAAUGGCCAGUAAUCGGAGGGUUCCGGGGGAACCAACUGUCCGUGGCCGAAUUGAUUCGCAUCGGUGAAUCCAUUCGCGGCAAGAAAUUCCAAGUCGAUUUGCUCGAGACCAAAGACCUACAAGCCGGUGUAUUAAAGACGGACAAUUUUUCAAGAAUCACUUUGCCGGGCGUGCCAGAGGAGCAGGGGGAAGCCUGGUCGCGAAUGGCUACAAUCGGACUUUUGCAAUCCAUUGAACGUGGAUGCUGGGACAUAUCAGAUGAAUGGAACCAGCUCUUGCCAGACCUGAAGUUUGUGAAGGCAGAGGAGCUGCUGAAGAAGUCUGUGCCGGCAUAA